AUGACAGCCACCGCAAAGCUCCAGUGGGAAAAGCAAGAUACAUUGUGGUGGAACACAGAAUACAGUAACUCCACCAACGAGACCUAUUUGAGUGACCUGUGGGACUCUCAUAUUCCAUGGGAACGCGGUAUUAUUGCUAUCCAGCAUAAUGAAGCCAACCGUCUGGGACUUCCCAAAUCACAGCCCUUUCCCUGGGAUCCGACCAGUGGCAUCUACAUCCUCAAUGCACAUCAUAUCCUUCAUUGUGUGCGGAAUAUAUUCAUCUCCAUACAGGAGUAUCGCCAAAAUCGGCCCCAAAGCAUCACCUAUGAACAUAUCUUACACUGUCUAGACAGCAUUAGACUCGAGACCAUGUGCACCGCGGAUGACACACCAAGAUACGUCCCUCCUAAUGCCGUUGACGGAUUUAGACCAGGAGAUGGGCAGGCUCGAUUAUGUCGGGACUGGCAAAAGUUGGAGGCCUUCGUUGACCGACACAGUCCGUGUUAUCAAGAGCUGUCACACACUGAUGAACACAUAUCGAAUCUGGACAGGUUCAAGUACUGCCCCAAUGACUCUCCUUAUUUGCCCUUGAUUAGAAAAUUCUUUGGCUACGAUGACAACUGGGGUAACCCUUUCGUAGAAGGUCAUAGGGUCAAGGAUUUUGAAUACGCACGUAUAUAA